UGCACCUUUCUGUAUGUGUUUGUGUAUUGAAGGAUAUGUGAAUCAGAACAGCUGGAGUGCACACAGCUGGACUGUGGACUACAUUUUUUUGCUGAUCAGGGCGUGUACUCAUAAUUCUGAAUGUUGUCAAGAGAAAAAGAGGCUCUUCUUGGAAAGUUUAAAUUAACAAUACAGCAAGAUCAACCUAGAACUGAAGAAUUUGAGGAAAAUGAACAAAAUACGCAAACAAUCUGAUUUCUCUUCUUCCUAAGCUAAAGCCGUCUAAAAUUAAUUUUUAACAAGAGAUAUAUGGGUGAAAUAAGCUUGGGAGCAAAAUGCAGCAGCUGUCAACCCUCCACCUGUGUAUUUUACUUGUUUCAGCUGUCGCUUGGAGUUCUUUACGUAUUUGCACUGGGGCAAUGGAAGUAGCUCCAGAAUGCUUUCCAGAAGGACAUCGUAUUCUCCAUAAUGCCUAUCGCAGCAUCCAUUUUGAUUCUCUGGAAUUGCAGGAGAAAGCCAUUCAGGACAUGGUUUGUGAUCAUUCGCUUCCGCAAGGGUGGUACCGCUUCAUGAUUGAAAACAGGCCUGCAGAAAUGCCAACCAGGUGUAUAGAAAUGAACAAAUGUGGAACACAAGCCCCAAUCUGGCUCUCACUUCACUCAGAGUCUCUCCCACGCCUUGGAGAGAGAAAGGCACUGAUGGCCUGUGCAACCUGGCAAUUCUUUUCUGGAAGCACCAAAGAUUGUUGCCUCUUCCAAAUCCCCAUCUCAGUUAGACAUUGUGGAGAGUUCUUUGUUUAUCUCCUGCAACCUACUCAAGGGUGUAUGGGCUACUGUGCAGAAGAAUCACAGCUCAACUCUUUCGAUCCCAAAAGAACUGAAUUAGAAGGCAUCAUCCAAGGGAAAUUCCAGGUUCCAGCUUUACACCCAGUUAUUACUCCUGAGCUUUUGGGGUCCCAGGUUUACCUAAAAUGCACUUUCAGCCGUCCAACUUCAAAUUGGGCUAUGGGCUAUACAGUGAUCUGGUCACGGCUUACUACAUCCAGUGUGAAAGAACAGCUUCAUCAUGACACAACUGUGCGGACAUUCUCCUAUGUGGAGAUGGAUGGAAUUAAUUUCAGAUUGGGAGAUACGGUCUUUUGCACUGUCACAGCUUUUAGGUGGGACUCACCUGAUCACUACUCUCUCCCUGAAGAAAGCGAUGGAUUCUAUCCUGGAAUCAAGUUUGUGCCAGAAUCCUUACAAAUUGCAGAGGAUGGCAAGGCACAUAUUUUGACAAUCUUAAGUACCAUUCCUAUUACGUGUUUGGCCCAGGAUGACAUCUGUAAAAUUACUUUGCAGCUGAGUACCCAGAUUUCUGAUCACUUGCUAGAAAGGACACCGAACAUAGCUCUUUCAACAUGCCAUGUGGAUCUGGAACAAAGGCCCUGCAGAGAAAGCAUCUGUGCGAGAGCAUCGCUUGCUGUAAGAGCUGUGAAUGACUUUGUAGAAGACGGAAACCUCAUCAGUUAUAUCACAGCCAAACCAGUUCAGCCAAGUAAAUCUCUAUGGCAUGGUUAUAAGCCCAUGGAUGUCAAGGUCACAGUUCAAGACCUCCCUACUGGUUACUGCUACUCUUUCACAGAUCCACACAUUAUCACAUUUGAUGGAUGGCGUUACAGUAACUACAUGGUUGGAACUUUUGUCUUGUACAAGAGCCUUAGCCGUCUCUUUGAGGUGCACGUGCGUCAGUGGGACUGUGCCAGCCACCAUAGCUCCGUUGCCUGUAACUGUGGUGUAGUUGCACUAGAAGAUAAUGAUAUUGUUGUUGUCGACAUGUGCAACAGGCAAUUUCUGGAAACCAAAUCUCAGUUGAUAAUACAAAACAUCAGAGCAUCAUCACAACAAAAUGUGAGAAUCAUGAAGUCCUAUGGAGGAAAGAAAAUCACUAUCUUGUUCCAUUCAGGAGCCUUUAUUCGAGCUGAUCUAAAUGACUGGGGAAUGAGUCUGACAGUAAGGGCACCAAGCAUUGAUUUUAACAGGACCAGAGGUUUAUGUGGCACUUUUGACAGAAAUGGUCAGAAUGACUUCCACAGGGCUGAUGGGAGCUCUUUACAUUCUCACCAGAAUAGCACAACUGAGGACAACUUCGUAGAAGCCUGGAGAAUAGCUCCAGGGAUGAGCUUGUUUGACAAAAUUCCAUCGUUGUCGGAAUGGCAGAAGACAGAACAUUUCUGUUUAUGUCAGGAGGAGCCUGAAUCAUACCUGCAACCUUUAAAUACUCUGCAUACUUUUCAGAAUUCUCCUCCACAAUCUUUGGAUUGCUAUGAUAAGAAAAUGUAUUACACUUCCAUAAUUCCAUACCUAGAUGUCACAUCAGACUAUGUCAUUCACCUGAAAACAAAUUCUUCUUUAUUAGAUGAUGGGCAAAGUGUUGCUAGUAUCUCUAGUCAUUGGGAAGAUCUCCAAAGAGAAAAAAGGCAAGGCUCUUUGGAAUAUUUACCUAUUUCCUCUUCACAACAUCCAAGUCCAACUGACUUUGAAAGUUUCACAUAUUUUUUCCCAGAAGAUUAUUUUGAAGGGAAGUGGCCUAAAGUUCAGACUACGUGGCCAACUCCAAGUGGCCUGACCUCAGCUGAAGUCUUAACAAAUUGCAAGGCAUUUCUUGAAAAUUCUGCCAUUGGCUCAACUUGCAAAGGGUUUCUUGGCACUCAACUCGAUGUGGCCAUUGAAAUGUGUCUUUCAGAUGUGCAGAUUAAGGAUGAUCUCAAAUGGAGAGAAUUACUUAUCCCAUUUUUGGAAAACGUCUGUGAAAAAAACCUCAUCUUAGAAAAUGCAACUGAAUAUUUUCAUUCAACAUAUGAGAUACCUGCUAUACAUCACAAAAUUGUCACAGCGCUCAGAUGUCCCAAUCUCUGUAAUGGCCACGGACAGUGCACUAUAAGGGGAUGUCAGUGCUUUGAAGGCUACGGCUCCUAUGACUGUAGAAUUGCCAAAGAGCAUUAUGUGGAGAUUACAGAUCUACUCAAUGGUGGCUUCUGUGAUAUAAGAGUUUCCAACUGUAGCAAAAUCCAAGUACAUGGACUCGGCUUUAACAACUCUUCUGAUCUUCACUGUGAAGUCACCAGACUGACUUAUCACAAUAGUGAAUGGAUAGCCAGAGAACACGAAAUAACAAAAGCAACAUUUUUGAAUCUGACAGUGGUAGAAUGCUCGAUACCUUUUCUGAACUACACAGGAACAGAAACUCUUCAUUUCAAGACUGAUAUCGAACCCAGAGAACACGAAAUAACAAAAGCAACAUUUUUGAAUCUGACAGUGGUAGAAUGCUCGAUACCUUUUCUGAACUACACAGGAACAGAAACUCUUCAUUUCAAGACUGAUAUCGAACCAUAUGCAAGAUGGCAAGUGAAAAUUUCUAAGGAUGGAUUCCAGUACAGUAAUUCAAAAGUUCUGACCUUGUAUGACGGAGUCUGCCAGGAUUGCAAAUUCCAUCAAAAUGGGCUUUGCAAAUUAAAGGAAAACACAUGCAAAAUAGAUGGAUUGUGCUAUGCAGCGGGUGAUGCAAGUCUCACCAGCUCUUGUCUUUUCUGUGAGCCAUCAGUUUCGAAAUUUACUUGGUCUAUCAAUGAAAAUAACUUGCCGCCUGUGUUUCUGGCCCCAUCCAAUCGGCUUCUAACGUUUGCAGGAGAGACUUUUGUUUAUCAGCUGCAAGCUGUGGAUCCUGAGAGAUCAGCCGUGCUGUUUGCCUUAGAAGCUGGCCCUCCUGAAGCUUCUCUCACUCCUGCUGGCCUUCUCAUCUGGAAUGUCCUUUCUGGAGAAGCAGAGACUUUCGAGUUCACUGUGUCUGAUGAAUGCAAUGCACAAAGCAGACACUCAUUGCAGGUUUCAGUGAAGCCUUGUGGCUGCUUGAAUGGCGGAAUUUGCAUCACCAACAUUAACUUCCCUCCAGGUGUUGGUGAAUAUCUGUGUAUGUGUCCCAGUGAAUUCGAAGGGGAACGUUGCCAAAACAACCUCAAUCAUUGCAAAUCAAACCCAUGUAGAAUUGGUUCUUGUAUUGGUGGAAUAGAUAGCUACACAUGCAAAUGUUCAGCAGGUUGGAAAGGGCUUACUUGUCAAGAGGAUAUAAAUGAAUGUGAAGCAAAUGCUUGUUUUCCUGGUGUCUCUUGCACAAAUACCAUGGGGUCUUUUGAAUGUGGCAACUGCCCUCUUGGGAUGAAGGGUGAUGGUAGAAAAUGCAAGUCUGAAGACCUUGCUGACAGAAUAGAAGCUUUCAUUACCAAUAAUCAUAAUAUCAAAGGUGAAUGGAAAAAGAGUGAGAGUAAACAGCUUCAGAAAGGCCAAGAAGCAAGGACAUUGUCAGCAAUUAAGUAUGUUAAUGCCAGCAAGGUCCAUGGUCAUGCAGGAGUUCUAUCACCUCUUACUAACUGUGCUAAUAGACCUUGUUUUCCUGGAGUACUGUGUGUUGACCGCAAACCGCCAAAGACUGGAUACUUCUGUGGCCGAUGUCCAACAGGUCUAUAUGGGAAUGGACGAAUCUGCACAAAAGCAUCUAGACCAGUGUCAAGUUCUACCAAAGGUUUGCCUGAUGUAACUGUGGAAGUCCCUGGGGAAGCCAACAUCUCCUUUGCCCAAGGUGGCAUAAAGAAUUUACAAGAUAUUGAUUCUACAUUUUCACAAGAUCAUAUUCCAAAACUAGAAACAACUUUUCAUACAGAAAGAUAUCCCUUAACUACUGAUAUUCAAACACCACUCAAAAAAAAAGUGGUGCCUCUGUUUCCUAUAUCAUCUAUGAAAAAAACUUUUCUAUUGAGCAAAGUAAAAAAUGGUACCCACAGAGUCCUUCUUCAUCAAAAAAGUGAAGCAGGAGCUGCUGAAAUCCUCCCAGACUAUAAACUGCAUGUUCAAACAAAUAUCAUAAGGAAUACCUCCCUUCAAGAAGACAUGGAUGCAAGGCUGCUAACUGCAAGGCCACAUGCUAUUCAACAGAGCCAUACCUCAACUGAUGUGACAUCUUAUGGAAAACAACCUCUUGGGACUUCAGCUACACAGACUAGUUCUGAUCAUGGUUUUAAAGCAAAGUAUUUGAGACUGUCCGUGUCGACAACACCACUGCCGUCUUCUUUCCAUUGGAAAACAUCAUUUUCUGUUAGGGUAAAUCAACGUAACCAGGCAGUAGGGAGUUCUGCGCAGUCAAGAAUUCCAGGAAGGACUGCUUCAUUCAGAAAGCCUUAUGCCUCAGGUAUAAACCAUUUGGCAAUUAAUUGGAGACCACUCAGUAGGAAAGUCACCUGUGCAAAUAUGCCAUGUUUCCAUGGUGUGCCCUGUGAAUUAACAAAGGAUAAAGCAUUCAAAUGUGGACCCUGUCCCUUUGGAUACAGCGGUGAUGGAAUACAAUGUUAUGCACUUUGUGAUCCACCAUGUGAAAAUGGAGGGACCUGUAUCAGUCAAAAUAUCUGUACCUGUGCGUAUGGAUUUGUUGGUUCAAGAUGUGAAACAUUGGUUUGUAAUAAGCAUUGUCACAAUGGUGGGAGAUGUGUGGCACCAGACGAAUGUCAAUGCAAGCCUGGAUGGAGCAGUCCUUUAUGUGAAAUAGCUGUUUGUAAACCUGUUUGCCUAAAUGGUGGGACCUGUAUUCGCCCAAAUAUAUGUGCUUGCCCAUUUGGUUUCUUCGGGCUUCAGUGUCAAUCUG